CAGGUUGUUAAACACAGAAGUCAUUCAGAAGCUCCUGCAUGUCCACUUAGGAGGUUUCUGGAGCUUUCAUCUGCAUCUUUCAGUCUUCCCUUCCCUUUGGGGUGAAUGGAGUUUGUCAGUUGAUGCAGAGAUAGGCUCUAUUGCCAGCCACACACCUGCUGGAACUCAAACAGGAAUCUGCAAAGGACCCAACAGAUUUGGCCAGAAAAUAGAUCACAUCAUAAGUGCUGAUGCAGGUAUUUGAAUACUGCUGGACCUUUUUGAUGCAGAACUGAAGAGAGAAAACUGAAUUUUCAUCUUCAUUUUGAAGUCUAAGCUUACCAUCAUGGAACAUAGUUUAGCAGAAACCCCUCAUACAAAUGAGACAUGUUCAGCUUGUGGCGAUGAGUCAGGAAAAGAGAAAAUUGAACAGUAUGCGAAAGAAAACUGUAAUUCCACCAACACGCAACUCUUCUCUUUUUUGGCACUGCUGAACGCAUACAUUCCUGAGUCCUAUCUACUGAUGUCAGAGUGUCAACAGAUACUUGGGCCACCCGAUCCCAUCCAUGGAGGCCCCCCUUUUGAAGAGAGAAUGAAGCCUUUUACCCCUUUUAUCAACACAUCCAGUCCAAACCCUGAAUGUGUAUGUAUGGUUUGCCCGGUGUUUGCAGAGUGGUCUUUGACGCUACUGGCUAAUUCAGGGAUUACCAGGAGUACUACAGUGAAGGAACUGAUGUUCUCACUUUGUGGGGAUCAGCCCGAACAACAUAUAAUCCAGUUCAUUAAAGACUUGUUGACAAAGAGAGAAAUUGGAGAAAGGGGUCAAGAGAAGUUCUCAAGGUUGAUUCAAGAUAUUCAGGAGAAUGAGAUUUUUUCCCAUGCUUUCUCUGUCUUGACAACUGCAUCACAAAAAUUCGAACAAAAUGCAAUUUUCCCCCAAACCAUUUCCCGUCUCAACUACAUCAGCAGAAGUACCCCUGACUAUCACAGAGCUGAAGUUUGGGCAAAGAGGGCCAUUAAAAGAGCACCCGACAGCUCUCAUGUAGCUGACACUCUUGGUCAGAUUCAUAAGAACCGUUUGUUGAGGGAAGCCAAGCAACCAGAGGGAAUUUUAGACAGGGCAGACAAGGCAUUCAAAGCAUUCAAAGAUGUGGAGAAAAAAGCUGAGAAAGAAGAGGGCCCAGAAAUGAUGGACACAACAGGUACUGUAAGCACUUCAAAUUCCUUCAACAACAGAGGCCUUUUUGGCUUCAUGCAAGUGGCAAAGAUCACCUAUGAGAAACUCUCUAUGCUGCACAAACACAAGAGGUUUUUCCAAGACUUAAAAAUGGAAGUUGAGGACAAGUUUGACUUUUUUGAGUGGUACCUAACCUACUCCAAGCCUGACAUGACAACCUUAGAGCCAUCUUACUUCUGGAAGGAUGUUGUACUUUGUUAUGAAUACUAUACACACAAAAAAGCAGCUGAAUCCACCAGCUUUCCAGGCCUUUUAGAUCGUCUGAAUCAUGGCCUUUUCACAUCGAAGGGAAGACGUGCUGGGUUUGAGGAGGAUGUGGAAACAGUUUCUGAUUUAGAGGCAACCCGAGAUGUUUUAAAAACUACUUAUGAGGCAAACAUUGAUGAUGUCAAAGCAGCUAAAAGGUACAUCCUCUCCAACAUCAUCUUGAGCAACAAGAUGCCUAAUUCUCCUCAGCUCACCCAGGUGAGAGAGCUCAAAAUAGUAUUACAAAGAUUCAUGGACACAGAAGUGGGUCGCAGAAGCCCUGAGUAUUACCUUUUGGUUCUGCUGUUGUUUUGGCCUGAGGAACAUCCUCAGGAGGUGCAAGAAGAGGAAGAUGAAGAAGAAGAACAGGCCACAGAGGAUGAUGGGUCAGAAGGAAAAACAUGGGAAGAUGAGAACAAUGAUGGAGAACAAGAAACAGCAGUAGAACCUGCACAAUUGCCACUUGAUCUCAUACUUGGCCUUGAUCUGCAACAAUAUGUCACAUUCAUGGAAGACGCUUUUGAGAGAGCCAAGUACGCCAAGUACCUUCGAGGACGUUACCUUUUGCCUCUGUUUUUUUUGGGAAAGGGCUGCGGAUUGUGCAAAUGGGUUCACAAGUCAAGGUUGGAUGCAGUGGUGGAAGAAAAGGUAGAUGCUGAGCUAGCUAAUGGUCCAGGUGAAAGAAGUAAGGAGAAAUGGGAGCGGAUCAAUACAAUGUGGAGCAAUGGGGAUGUUUGGCAAUUCCCGGAGAUCCAAGAUAUCCUUCUUCCGGUCCAGGUUGAGCCUUGUCAAUCUCCCACAAUACCACUGGAGAAUAACAAACAGGAAGUGUUUGUUUGUGCUGAAGGGAAGAAAAUAAAGGCUACAAUAGUGGUUCAACCUGAUGCUCCAGCAGGGAGUACCAUGCUUUUCUAUCUUGGCUUCACCAUUCAAGGUCCUGUUGUCUUCAAAGUGGGAAUUCCUCACUACUAAUACUUUGGGACUAUAAUAAGAAUGCAACAAGCAUUAGCACCUACAACCUUGCAAAGUGUUGUAAAGGGGAAAUACUAAGGAGCCUAAAAAUGAUUGCUUUUGGGACAGAAAAGACAUGAAAGCAUGAAAAAGUAACCAUAAGGGGUAAAUGUUCAGCUGUGUUCAGAUGAAUCAUCUAUGAUGAAUCAGCUGAUUGGUGGUGGUGUUAUUAUGUUCAUUUAACCAUUCUGAAUGAUCGACUUUUGUGAGGGUUGAUAAAUGUAAAAAACAUUUGUUGUUGACAUUAGACUUUAAAAUAAUCAUCAUGUUGGACAAUGGCAGUAUCUUAACCAGGUGCUUUAAAAUAAAAGCAUAUUGUAAUCAUACUUAAGUUAAUGUUUGGAUAUUGAAGACAUAUUCAUCUGAAAAAUGCUGGUAGUGACAGUCUGAAUCUGAAAGGCAUUAUUUUUUCCCUAAGAUGUUUUCUAAUAUAUUGUCUGUCUGUCUAUCCUACUUGCGUAUAAACAUAUAUAGGAUGUAAAAUUGUUGUAUUGCAUUGGAUUUUUGCAGUGUUUUAUUAUAUUUUAUGUGCUGCUGGUUACCUAGAUGUGUUAUGUAUGUGUAUUCUAACAUAACUAACUAUUUUUAAAGGCAUAUAUUUUGAAAAUGGCACUGAAAAUAAUCAUGGGUGGUCUUUCAUGCAGUUGUUUUGA